AUGGCGCCAUACAAGAUUGUGGUAUUUGCAGGCGAUUACUGUGGACCUGAGGUUACUGCUGAAGCUAUCAAGAUUCUGGAAGUAGUUCAAAAAGCUCGCCCACACAUCCAAUUCGACUUCCAAGACCACCUGCUCGGAGGAGCUUCAAUUGACGCGACUGGAUCACCUUUGACGGACGAAGCUCUCAAUGCUGCAAAAGAAGCCGAUGCUGUAUUGUUAGGAGCAAUUGGUGGCCCUAAAUACGGCACCGGUGCAGUCCGCCCAGAACAAGGUCUUCUUAAGCUCCGCAAAGAACUGAACGCCUUCGGCAACCUCCGCCCCUGCAACUUCGCCUCCCCGUCCUUAGUCAAGAACUCCCCACUCAAAGAAGAAAUUUGCAAAGGCACGGAUUUCACCAUCAUAAGAGAGCUCACGGGCGGAAUUUACUUCGGCGCUCGGAAGGAAGAGGAGAAUGGUGAUGGUGAGGCUUGGGAUACCGAGCCGUAUUCCAGAGCGGAAAUCGAGAGAGUCACGAGAUUGGCGGGCUUUUUGGCGCUGAAGAAGGACCCUCCUUCGAAAGUCUGGAGUCUGGACAAGGCUAAUGUGCUGGCGACAAGUCGACUAUGGAGGCGGGUAGUUACCGAGGUUAUGGAGGAGGAGUUCCCACAGUUGAAGCUGGAGCAUCAGCUCAUUGACAGCGCGGCUAUGGAUAUGGUCAAGAAUCCUACUAAGUUAAAUGGAGUCGUUGUCACGAGUAACCUUUUCGGAGACAUUAUCAGUGACGAGGCCAGCGUGAUUCCAGGGUCACUUGGUCUGUUGCCCAGUGCGAGCUUGAACGGCAUUCCAGAUGGUAAAGGCAAAUGCAAUGGCAUCUAUGAGCCAAUUCAUGGCUCUGCUCCAGACAUCGCCGGCAAGGGCGUCGUCAAUCCAGUCGCAGCAAUCUUAUCAACUGCUAUGAUGCUUUUGUACUCAUUGAAUCUACCACAAGAAGCUCAAGCGAUCGAGGAUGCAGUCAGAGUGACGAUUGACAGCGGCUUAGGUACCAAAGAUAUUGGAGGUAGCAGCAAUACCAAGGAAGUUGGUGACCGUGUGGCGUUGGAGCUAGAGAAGAUUCUAGGAAAGUGA